AACCGCUAUAGAACCAAGGAAGAAGAAGAAGCACACAGAUGACUGCAGCAAAAACUAACGAAGAAGAAUGAGGCGGAUGAAGAACGAAAAUUAGAGAAGACGGCGGACUGAGCAGUAAAGGAGAAUAUAACGUUUUUACCUGGACGUAUUACUGUUCACGAAGGUGUAUUAUAUUGCUAAAGUAUGACAGAGCCUCAAUCAGCGCUGCUACUCAGGAGACAGCUUGCAGAGUUAAAUAAAAACCCAGUAGAAGGAUUCUCAGCGGGUCUGAUUGAGGAUAAUGAUCUUUACAGAUGGGAAGUACUGAUCAUCGGUCCACCAGACACACUUUAUGAAGGUGGUGUGUUUAAAGCUCAUCUGACAUUUCCCAAAGACUACCCUCUCAGGCCACCUAAAAUGAAAUUUAUCACAGAUAUUUGGCAUCCUAAUGUUGACAAGAAUGGAGAUGUAUGUAUUUCUAUUUUACACGAACCUGGGGAAGACAAGUACGGCUAUGAAAAACCAGAAGAGCGUUGGCUUCCCAUCCAUACGGUUGAAACGAUCAUGAUCAGUGUUAUCUCCAUGUUGGCAGACCCAAACGGUGACUCUCCUGCCAAUGUGGAUGCCGCAAAAGAGUGGCGGGAGGACAGGCACGGCGCGUUUAAAAGAAAAGUUGCCCGCUGUGUACGGAAAAGUCAAGAGACUGCGUUUGAGUGACUUUUAGCAAUAAUCUACAUUCCAUUUUCACAGCACUUCAGUGUUUCCCACAGAUUGCCAAUAUACUGGUGGAUGUGGGGGGCGUUGUCAAUAAGAUGUCAUUAUAUACAUUAAUUUGCAUAAAUGGUGACGAUGCAUAUAUUUUCUUUUAAACAGCUAAAACAUGUUAUACACAUAUUGAAAAACAAGCAUGUGUUAUUUAUAAUUAGUAUCAAAGGGGCUGUUUGUAACUUGCUCACAGUUAAAUUUUUCAAAAACGAACAAUAUAACAAGAUCAACAUUGUGUUACCGUUAGUGGUUUAACAGAACAUAUUGGUUUUAAAACUGUCUGCAUUUUUCACAAUUACUAAGUUUGUGUAUACACAUUCUUACCGGCCCGAAUAAAAUAAUUGGUAUUUACAGCGCUCACUCACUCUGUCUCGUCAACGCAUACAGUACGGGCAGGGAGUGUGUGCACACAUACAGUGUGCAGUCCAAGUGAAGCAAUGAACAAUUUGCAAUCUAGUUGUUGUUGUUGUUGUUAGGAUGAAAUAAUAUACAUUCAAUGAUAGCUAAUGAUAACUAUCCAAAUCGGUAUCAUUAGUCAACAACAACCAAAGCUACUGUGUGUGCGUUGUUAUGUACUUACGUAGUUAUGUCAUUGCGCUUUAGAAGCCGUAAGAGGGCGGGAUAUAACAUUGGAAAGAUAGGCUCCAGCAGAAAAUGGAUGGAUGGAUGGAAGUUAGCGCCCUCUAGACAUCUGUUCAAAUGUUGCAAACAGCCCCUUUUUUGGAAUUUUGCCUAUCAUUCACAAUCCUUUUGUAAGACAAGAACAAAUGUUUUCCUUUUUUAUGCAUUUUAAAUACAAAAGAUAUAUGAUCAAAUGUCUGCUUAAAUGGAGUCUAUUGGGAGCUGCUCGACUCUGCCUUUAAAGCCCUUAAAAGAACAUCGAAACACUUUAAGGUUUUAUAUACAUUUUAUAAGUACAUAUGUAAUGUAGUAACAGGCAUAUUCAUAACAUUUAAUAUUUACAUAUUUUGAUCAUUUUAGGAAUACGCGGCGCAUUCAUUUAAAAACGGAGCACGUCAAUCACUUUUUUUUUCCAACUUCAUCACUGAUUAAAACUCAAUAGAGAGUUCAUGAGAGCCAACAAACGUAAUAAAACAUCACUUACCCGUACAAUGUCUGCUGUCAUUAAGAUGCCGACUGAUAGAAUGUUUUUUAUUUCCCUUUAGCUGAAAAAUUACUCAUAAUCCUUUCGAAGAAAAGGGGGGUGGAACCAAGCGUCUUUUUGUGUCGUUUUUCAUAAUUUCUGGGUCUAAAUUGGCUGUCAAAGUGUACCAAUUUGUUGGAUUACAUCCUCAUCCUUCUAUUAUCCAGGUGAGAGGCAUGAUUUAUGAUCUACAAUAAACUUCCAUGAGCAGGGAAGUGAGAAAGCAGCUGACCAGUCGAUAUUGUCAACGCUAUAGUUUGUGUUUGUUAGCGCUUAUAAUAACAAUAUCACUAAUACUUGGUUAAUAUUCAAGUCAUCAAGGUGUAUUUAUACUUACUUAUAUGUUCACCAAUGGAGUAUGGUUGGCGGUUUUUGGAUGGCUAUUUAUUGGGUUUUAUGAGCGUAAUAGAGGACCUUCCAUUGGCUCCGUUGUAAGCAGACUUUUAUUUACAAAUAAGAAUGCAUUAAAAAAAAUACAUCCGUCGUCAUGUCUUUCAUAAUUAUUGUGAACUAUAGGCACAAUUCCCCAAAAAAUGCUGUUCCCCGUUAAAUUGUAUAUCUUUUUUAUACUAAUUAAUUUUGGUCUAUUUUUGUUGCAUAGUGUAAUACUACAAUGUAACACUUUUUUUGUAAUCACUCUUUUAAAUUUGAGAUAAAAAAAACAACAACUUGAGGUUGUCUAUUGACAUUCUCCACAAUGGAGUUACAGUAAAGAAAGCACACAAAGGAAAGUACUAAUAUACACGAGAAGUGCACAUGCAUGUAGGAAUCAUGUUAAAUCAACAAAACAGUUUGUUGUCAAUUGAAAAAAGCAAUACAAUUAUACAGGGUAAAGGUUGUCUCUAAUGCUGCUAACUUAAUGCCAACGUACAAUGGACAGGCUCAUUAACAAAAUUAGCGGAGCGAACUUGUACAAACGUUUAUUAAAUCAGAUGUUGACAUAAAACAGCAGGUGCAUUUAUACUUACAGGCAUAUGUUCACCAAAUUCUGUAAAAAAAAAUGAAUGCCGACCGCUAACUUGGUACUCAGUGAGCCUUCUUCUUUUGCCGUGUGUGUGUGCGUGCGUGCAUGCGUGAAGGUGAAGUGUUACUUACUGUGUCGCAAUUUUUUUUUUUUUUUUUUAAACGUAAAACAUAUAUGUAUAUUCUUUUAUUUUUUUACUUUGCGGCCUAAAUUUACUCGUGGCAGCCCUCCUUAAAUAAAUGGAUAUAUUGGAAACACUGCACUUUUUUAUCAUCUGCAAAAACAUGAAGUCAUUUAAUAGCACACAUUUACACACUCCAGUGUAGAAAGUCUUUUUUUUUUUUUUUUAUAUGAAUACACCACUGAACAUCUUCAGGUCAUGUCAACUGUUCACUUUUUAUGUUACAUAUUAAACCAGAUUUUGAGAACAUAGAAGUAGAGCAUCAAAGAUAGAAGUAGAACAAAAUAUUGUAGACAGAAGUAAAAUAGAGUUGAUAAUAAUAAUGAAUUAGCACUUUUUCUAGUGACUCAAGGUGUGUUACAUUGCGAAACCAUUUGUAGCCACUGCUGCCCUCGGGUAGACUGGGGUAAUCGUUGCUGCCAGUUUGCGCCUACGGCAUCUCAGACCAUCACCAAACAUUUGUACACCAGCGUGAGCGGCCCUGGAAGCAAGGUGGGUCAAGUGUCUUGCUCAAGGACACGACAACCGUGACAGGAACCCUCAAGUUUCUGGACACUGUACCCUCUCAGUCACACCACCAGUCAUAUAGAAGUAGAACAUAGUAGGUAGAAGUUGAACGGAGUAUGUAGUACGACUGAAAAGUACAGUAGAGAAGUAGAACAUAGUAGAUAAUAGAACAGAGUAGAUAGAAGUAGGGCAUACAACCCCUGGCAAGAAUUAUGGAAUUGGCAGAAUUGGAGGAAGAUAAUUCAAUUGUUUAAACUUGUAGGAAAAAAAAGCAGUUAACAAACAUGACUCAAAAACUAUCGUUGUUUCAAAUGGCAAGUUUCUGGUUUUAAGAAAUACUAAGAUAAAUAAAAAAUAUAAAUUGUGGUAUUCUCAGGGCAUUUAAUUAAUCGCAACUGGACUGUUUGGUUUGUCUUAGAAGAUGUUUUUCUUCUCGUUCGGGGCGGUAUAGCUUGGUUGGUAGAGCGACCGUGCCAGCAACUUGAGGGUUGCAGGUUCAAUCCCCGCUUCCGCCAUCUGAGUCACUGCCGUUGUGUCCUUGGGCAAGACACUUUACCCACCUGCUCCCAGUGCCACCCACACUGGUUUAAAUGUAACUUGGAUAUUGGGUUUCACUAUGUAAAGCGCUUUGAGUCACUAGAGAAAAGCGCUAUAUAAAUAUCAUUCACUUCACUUCACUUCACUCAUUCAAGUAGGCUUCAUCAGUUUGUGCUUGUAGACUUAGAUUGGUCAGAUCUAGUCUAGUGGCUGGUGCCAAAACCCCAAAUAUUUAUACUCCAAAACCAAGAGGGUGUGCCUGGGCAAGGAUGGUUUUGCCCUAUCGUAGUGAGAAAAAACUGAACUGUACUGAUGAAGCCUACUUGGAUGAGAGGCGAAACGUCUUCUAAGACAAACCAAACAGUGCAGUUGCGAUCGAUUGAAUGCCCUUAGAUUAAAAUGACCUGGAUGAAUGUGAACAUGCAUAGACCUAAAUUGUAGUAGUCCGGAACAGUUACAUUUUUAGAUCAAGCUGAGUGAAGAAAUUACGGAAUAAUUCAAAUGUGAGAAAAAAGUUAUGGAAUCUCCCUGCAAAAUAAACAUUUCUAAACUAACACCUGCAUCAGAUUAAAUCUGUUCAUUAGUCUGCAGUUAAAAAUGAGUGAUCACACCUCGUAGAGCUGUUGCACCAGGUGGCUUGACAGAAUCAUGGCUCCGAAGCGAGAGAUACCAAUUGAAACAAAAGAGACUAUUAUCAAACUUCUUCAAGAAGUUAAAUCAUCACACAUUGUUGCAAAAGAUGUUGAUUGUUCAGUCAGCUGUGUCCAAAAUCUGAACCAAGUACAAACAACAUGGGAAGAUUGUAAAAGGCAAGCAUACUGGUAAACCAAGGAAAACAUCAAAGCGUCAAGACAGAAAACUUAAAGCAAUAUGUCUUGAAAACAAAAUGCACAGCAAAACAAACGAAGAACUAAUGGGCGGAAAUUGGAGUCCGAUAUGUGACCGAUCUAUAUGAAACCACCUGAAGGAAAUGGGAUUUAAAAUACAGAAAAGCUCAACAAAAGCAGUCAUUAACACUUAAAUAUAAAAAAACAAGGUUCCAAUGAGCUAAGGAAAAAGCAGUCUUGGACUAUGGUUGACAGGAUGAAAAUCAAAUAUUGAAUAAGUCAAUGAUGAAUCACAAAUCUGCAUUGAGCAAGGUGAUGACUGCCUAAAGAAAACAUGCUCAUUGAUAAUAUGGGGUUGCAUAUCUUUAAUACAUGCACACGUUUACAUUGACAUUUUGGAAACUUUUCUUAUUCUAUCAAUUGAAAGGAUGUUUGGGGAUGAUGACUUCAUUUUUUAAGAUAAUUCAUCUUGCCAUAAAGCAAAACUAUAAAAAAAUUAAAUAUGAAGUCAAUGUCACGGCCUGCAAAAAGUCAGAAUCUCAAUCUAAUUGAAAAUGUGGAGUGGAAAUUAAAGGAAAUGGUCCAUGACAACACCCUAUCUAACCUGCAAAGCUGAUAUCUGACAGCAGCAAUCAGAGAAAGUUGGCGCAAGAUUGAUGAAGAGCAGUUCAUGCCUCUGAGUCUGCAAGCUGUUAUAAAAGCUGUGGGUGGUGAAACAAAGUACUAGUGGUGUGUUGGAGUGUUUUUUUUAAGACUAUAUUUUUUUCCCUCAGAAUUGAGUGAUUCCAUAAUUUGUUCACUCUAUUUGAUCUAUAAAUGAAACUUACAGGCUACCACACAAUUUAAAGAAAUACAAUUAGAGAUCAAAAUUAUAAUCCUCCAGUACUGGUGAUUCCAUCAUUUCCAGGGGUCGUAGAAGAUAGAAAUUAGAGUAAAACAAACUAAAUAGAUGUUGUCAUAUAAUGAUGGCAAAACUUAAAAAAACUUUGCCUUAGAAUGUUGAAGGAUUAUUGACCUGCACAAACGCUGCAGUAAGAAUGUCAUUUGACUUUCUUUUUCAAUGUUCUAUUUUUGUUUCUUUAUCCUGUUCUUUUAGCAUUUUCGUAUGCUGGUCU